AUGAGCGUACGUGGUACUCGUAGACGGGGUACUAGAGACUGUGGCAGAGGCCGUAGAAGGGCUCAAACGGGGUCCUUAUUAUCUAGGAAUCUGUAUAACUUUGAUACUAGUGAGACACCGGACCGUGGGUCGGUUAUGAAACGGCUUCGGUACAACGGGGCUGAGAUUUUCAAGGGUGUCGCUGGAGUCGCCCCUAAUGUGGCCGAGUAUUGGAUAGAGGCCACAAGAAGAAUUAUGGACGACUUGGACUUCACUACUGAGCAAAAGCUUAAAGGGCUAUUUCUCUAUUUCGUGACGAGGCAUACUAGUGGUGGCUCACGGAGGCGUGAGUUCUUUAAUCUUACUCUGGGAGACCGUUUAGUGGCCGAGUAUGAGGCUGAGUUCUUGAGAUUGAGCCGUUAUACGAAAGGCAUGGGACAGUUUGCAAGUUUUGAUAGCUUCGCAAAGGGACGUGAUUUUUCUACUCUAGUAGAGAAGGCGAAGAUUGCUGAAGAGGUAAAGCGCACUGAGCACCAAAACCGAGACGGAAGGAAGAGUAAGGGGGAUUUGGAGCCCUCGAGUUCGGGGAUGAGGCCUAAGAAAAAGGCUAGGUGUGAUGGGCCAGUGAGAGUUGGGCCUCCGGUUGCACCUACUAGGGUGACAUUGUGUGGGCACUGUGGUAGAUGCCAUCCGGACGAGUGUUGGAGGACUAUUGGGAGGUGCUUGAGAUGUGGGUCAACUGAGCACCGUGUUCGGGAUUGUCCAUUGAGAACUAAUCAGGUGCAAGCUCUAGGUUCUGGUAUUUUACAACCACCGAGAGUAGUUCAGCAGCCAUAUAGAGACCGAGGUCAAGCCAGGGGCGGUAACAGUAUGGGCCGAGGACAGAGAGCACUAGACAAAGACAUAGGCUCUACACACUCAUAUGUAGCUAGUAAUGUGUCUAAAACCUUGGGGAUUCCAGUUGAGAGUACUUCUAGUGAGGUAACCGUGGUGAGCCCGUUAGGGCAGUGUAUCCGAGUGAGUAAACUGUAUAGAGACGUUUUGUUAGAGGUUCAGGGGGCAGUAUUUCUUGUUGAUCUGAUGGAGCUUCCAUUUGAGGAGUUCGACUUAAUUCUGGGUAUGGACUGGCUAGUCAAGCACCGACUUGAGCUCGGUAAGGACUUCGUGGUAUACAGUGAUGCGUCACAUGUGGGUCUGGGUUGUAUUCUGAUGCAAGACAGAAAGUUGGUUGCUUAUGCAUCUCGUCAGCUCAAAACUCAUGAGGCUAACUAUCCGAUGCACGAUUUGGAGUUGGCAGCAGUUAUCUUCGCUCUAAAAAUCUAG